UUUUAUGUACUUUGAAGAUGCUCCUCCUUCAACCAUUGUUGGAACGAAAUUGAAUGGACGGAUGAGCUGUUGAAUAAGAAAAAGAGAGAAAGAUGUGAAAUGCGGUUAAGCGAUAUGCGAAUAGAAACGAAUUAACCAGCCCUCUUGCUGGCCGGACUUUUGACGAAGUUGGAAAGCACAAUCGCACGACGAAGUGAAAAAUGCAGGCUAUCUCACUCUGGAAGCAGACCAUAGCUGCCUGUGCGAAUAGGGCAGAAUUUGUGUAAAUACUGGCUGACUUUCUCCCACGGGCUCAGUAGUUCGGCAGGAGAAAGGGGUUUCACUGCUCUAGAACCAACCCGAAGAGAAAUUGAUAAAGCUAGGAAGGAAUUUGAGAAAAGUGAAAGUCUGUUUUUGUCUCACCCGUCUCUUCCAAUUCGCACUCUUUGCAUUUCCUCUGUCUCAUUGUCUCGAGAGUAGCUGUUUUCCUCCAUUUAAAAUAUUUAACACAAAGUUCUUGAACUAAAAGUUUUAAAGAUUAUUGCGAGCCCUUCGCUAUUCGGGGAUAACUUGUAGUGGAUUUAGACUCCGAAUGCUUUAAAACGCCUUUCGUGGGAGAAAUAUCAUUCUGCAAAGAGUUGGGAGAUACAUACAUAUACGGCCUAAAUUUAAUUAAAGACGAGCACACUCAGACAGCAGUUGAUAUUUUCAGACUCGUGUUUCUACUUUCUACACGAAAGAAAGAAUUGCAGGUUUGGCAGAUUCCGUGGGAAGAAACAAGAACGAUCAGUGAAAGAGGGGGAAACCAAUUCUACCGAAAGUUGCACAAACUGGAGAUUAGAAACCAAGGAACAACAUGAGCUCCCUUAUGAACCUCAUGAACUCUGUGGAGGAUCACAAUCCCCCACUUUCCACCUGGAGACACAACGACUCAUCUUUUUGGGAGUCACCACUCGCCAACAUUCAACUCUCGGACGGUCAUGACCUCCUCCCGUUGCAUUAUUUGGUCACGGAAGCCACGCAAAUUGCCCGGAGCAAGUCUCCCACAUACAACUGGCUUGAACUGUUUUGGAUCUCAAUUUUUGGAGCCAUGUUGACUGUGUCCAUCGCUGGCAAUUUGACCGUCAUUUGGAUCAUUUCAUGUCACAGAAGAAUGAGAACUGUAACAAAUUACUUUCUCCUUAACCUCAGCGUUGCGGAUCUUGCUAUGGCUUCCUUCAACGGAGCUCCCAAUUUUGUGUACAUGCUGAAAAAUGACUGGUUUUUUGGAAAAAUGUUGUGCGUGGUGAACAAUUUCACGGCCAACUGGACAGUGGCUUCCUGUGUUUUCACGAUGACAGCAAUUUCAGUGGAUCGGUGGAUUGCUAUUGUGAAACCUCUGGAGCCAAGAAUGACGAAAACUACAUCUUGGCUUGCAAUUCUUGGCAUUUGGAUCGGUUCUUGCAUUCUCGCGAGCCCAGCUCUUCUGUACACACAACUUGUAACUGAUAACCGAAGCAUGGCUACUCACUGUUUGAUUGUCUGGCCGGAUGGGUUGGAUCCUACCAACUCGAAAUAUGAAUUUGGGUACAACAUAUGUCUCUUGGUCUUGACGUAUUUGAUUCCGAUGACUGCUAUGGCCAUCUGCUACGGCUCGAUGUCUUGGGAAUUGUGGUUUACACAGGUUGGAGAAAUCACUCAACGUCAAAUCAACUCAAUGAUUGCUAAAAGAAAGGUGGUUCGAAUGUUCAUUCUUGUCGUUGUGACUUUCGCCAUUUGCUGGUUGCCAUAUCAUGGAUAUUUCAUCUACAUGCACAUUGAUAAAACGGUUAUUUACAAGAAAUGGAUCCAGCACUUGUAUCUCUCCUUCUUUUUCCUCGCCAUGUCACAGUCCGCGAUCAACCCGAUUAUUGUCAUCGGCAUGAACAGUAGAUUUCGAGGAUAUGUCACUGAAUUUUUUUUCCACUGCACCCGACGCCGAUGUUGCAACCAGAAUCCGACGCCUCACACGGUCCAUUAUGUUGCUGCUACGCCUCCUCUGCUUCGACGGUACAGCCAGUCCUGCUCUCACAGUCGGUCAAAGUCUCGGUCUGGAGGAACAGUCGAUGACAACACCACGAACGGCCCAAACUAUCAUAAUGGACGGUCCAACGGGAUUCGAAAGAAGAACAUGUACGUCACCACUAAUCGUGAAGUGAUUAAUUUGAACCACGCUUAUGAGCUGACUGCAAACCACUCAGCAGCCAGAGGACCAGUGUCCUCUCGCACGACGUAUUGUUAAUCUGGAGUCAGUCGUCGUUACGAAGUGGACGACUUCAAAGAAAGCAGGAUGAAGAAGCAGAACAAGAAAGUCAAGAAGUUUGGUUGGUUCUGUAGCUGCUACUUUUUCUGUGCAUUUGUCUGUGCACAUCUGUUUUCGCUGACAUUCGUUACCUUACACUGUUAUUACUCGAGUACUGUACGCAAUUUCUCAGCACAGGGUUGACUGUCUUUUGACUGAUAUGUGAUUAAUUUAUAAAAUUUUGGAAGAAAAAAAAAGUUAUAUUUCCUGGUGCCAAAGUCAUGACUGAGAGAAAGUUAUACAUGUCGUGUCAACCUUACCCUUAAUAUUUUGUAGCAUGCCGUUAUUGUACUUAUGAACUAUACAUAUACGUAUGAAAGAGAUAUUAUAUUGAAUAAUAAGCUAUCUAUAUUUCUGU